AUGUCUGCUCGCGUUUCUUCCGCGCCCGUAACUCAGGGCCGGCGCACCUGUGACGCCGCCUCUUCGCGGAGGCAGCGAGUCUGCGGCCUCGGUCUUCUUGUGAUUCUCGCCUGCUUUUCACUCUCUGUAAAGAUUAUGGAGGGGCAUGCGCAAGUCCUGCCUGAGGAGGGAGAACAACCGACUUUCAAAUAUGUCACCGCCUCCAUGCUCUCCCAAUUCAUCGUUAUCUUCCUCAUCGCCGUCACAGCGCUCAUCGGCAUUGCCUGUCUGUCGAACAUUGACGUCCCGGCGAUCUACUCGAACCGCACGCUCGAUAUAAAUAAAGAGUAUUAG